AUUAUAUAACUGAAUUGCCUGUGGAGCUGUAUUGUUUAUUCAGGGUUGGUGGUUCUCGCUACACAGUGGCUCGUCUCCGCCCAUGACCGCCGGCUAAUGUAUGGCAUCUCAACAACAGCAACAAACGGCAAGACUAUUUGACCAACAUUAUGAAAGCUGUUAUCCAGCGGGUUAAAUCCGCCUCCGUCACCGUCGAUGGCCAGCUUAUCUCCAAGAUUGGACGGGGACUCCUUGUGCUCGCGGGAGUUGGCCGGGAAGACACAGAAAAAGACAUAGACACAAUGAUCAACCGGAUAUUGAAGGCGAAGCUAUUCCCGGCCGAGACAGACAAACAGUGGAAAAGGAAUAUCCAGGAUAUCGAUGGCGAAGUACUUUGUGUUUCUCAAUUUACCCUUUUUGGCCAAUUGAAGAAAGGCAAACAACCCGAUUUCCACGAAGCUGCCAAUGCCGAAACGGCACGCAAGCUAUACGACUACUUCUAUAAGCGCCUCGGCGAGAACUACAAACCUGAACGGAUUAAGAACGGUGUCUUCCAGGCGAUGAUGGAUGUCGAGCUUAUCAAUGAUGGGCCGGUGGGUGUAGACUACCGCAGUGAGGAUGGGGCGGUUACUAUCGAGGUCGACACACAAUUACCGAAGAGAGAAAAAAGCGCCGAUGACAAAGACUCGGAUUCAAAGAAGACAGGAACCGUGGAGUUCAAGCUCCCCGCAGAGCUUUUAGAGUAGACGCAGAGUACCGACGGACUCAGGCCAUUAUGAUACCCUUAUGACUGUACAUAUAGACAGCGUGCAUUUAUAGAACCAUGUCCGGAGCCAGCCACAGGAGGCUAAUAGUAAUCAAAAUACUAAGUCGACAUGAUCCACUGCAUCUCAGCGAUCAUUUUAGCUUGAUUUAAUUAGAAACACCCACUACAGUUAGAC